ACACGCAGGUGUGUAAACAACAGCUCGCGCGCGGUCCGUCUGAUCUCCACUGUUGGUUUUCCCUUUAUGAAGCGAGAGAGAGAGGUGGAAAGAAAGGAAGAGAGAGAGGUGGAAAGAAAGGAAGAGCGCGCGAGAGAGAAUUACCGUCGUUUAAUCCGCCUGUGUCACCUGCACUCGCUGGGACUCUUUGCAUCGCACUUUACAGGGACGUCGACCUGUGCUCCUCGCACUUCCUAAACGCCAGUUGAUGGAUAACUGACUUGUCGCUGGAAGGUGCGACGUAUUUUCUUGUGGCGCUUUUCGAAGUUCCACAUCCAGGACGGUCUGGACGGCUCGCCCUGCGCGCUGGAAGCAGGAGGGGAUUAGAGAGGAGAUACCCGCUGCUCGGAGAUGAAGACACGUCACGCUGAUCCUCUUCUGAAGAACGAUGGACGGAGAGCGGCACUGUAACCGGCGCCUUCAUGGAGCCCUGAUACACAGGGCAGAGAACAGGUAAAUGGAGGUGCAGGACAGGAGCCGCUCCCCUUCCCGUAGAACCAGCCGGGUAGAGCAGGUGGUGGGACGAUGGCUGAGGAGGUCCCGAGACAUGGGCAGCAGGUCUCACUCUCUGAGCAGAGAGCGUGUUGGAGUGGAUGGGAAGUCAGAGUGCAGCGGCUCCGAUCAGAGGAAUUACCCCUUCCGCUUCAUCGUUCAGAUCCAACGGGAUCUAGACCUCAACUCUCACGGCCUCACUCUAUCCUACACCACCCCCAUCCUGGUGCAGGAGGUCACCCCAGGUGGGCCCGCAGAUGGCCGGCUCGUCCCUGGCGACCAGCUUGUGAAGAUCAAUAACAUUGCUGUCGAUGACCUGACCCCGGAGCAAGCUGCUGAAAUAAUCAGGGAGUGUCAAGAUACGUUGACCAUGACUGUCCUCAGAACAAUGCUGGGCCCCAAGUCAUCGUUCAUCACACCAGAGAAGAGGGCCAAGCUCCGGUCCAACCCUGUGAAGGUCCACUUUGCUGAGGAAGUGGAGGUCAACGGGCACUCUCAGGGCAACUCGCUGCUCUUCCUGCCCAACGUUCUGAAGGUGUAUCUGGAGAACGGGCAGACCAAGGCCUUUAAAUUCGACCCCAGCACCACAGUCAAGGACAUUGUGAUGACACUGAAGGAAAAGCUUUCUCUAAGCCGCAUUGAACACUUCUCCCUGGUGCUGGAGCAGCAGCACAGCAUCACUAAACUACUGCUGCUGCAUGAUGAGGAAAGGAUACAGCAGGUGGUCCAGAAGAAGGAGGCCCAUGACUACAGAUGUCUGUUCCGUGUUUGUUUCUUGCCGAAAAGCCUCCACGCGCUGCUGCAGGAAGAUGCCGCUGCCUUUGAGUACCUCUACCUGCAGGGUGUGAACGAUGUGCUGCAGGAGCGCUUUGCAAUAGAGAUGCGGUGUAACACGGCCCUGCGACUCGCCGCUCUGCACAUCCAGGAGAGGCUGGCGAGCUGUGGACACUCACAGAAGACCAACUUGAAGAUGAUCACGAAGACGUGGGGCAUAGAGAACUUUGUGUCAUCCACCCUGUUGAGAAACAUGCGAGAGAAAGACCUGAAGAAAGCCAUCACUUACCAUAUGAAGAAGAGCCAGUCACAGAAUGACCCCAAGCAGAAGGGCCUGUCAGUAGAUCAGACUCGCAUCAACUACCUGGAGGAGCUGUGUGAGCUUAAGUCAUUCGGAGGGAAAUCCUUCAGUGCCACCAUGAUGCUUCAGGACAGGGAGUCAAUGGUGACCUUGUUGGUGGGGGCGCGCUACGGGGUGAGUCAGGUGGUCAACCACAAACUGAGCAUUCUGUCCACCCUCACAGAGUUCACCUGCAUCACACGCAUCGAGCUGCUGCCUGAAUCCGACAAGGUCAGCCUGGUCAAAAUAUACCUGCAGGACAUCAAGCCCAUCACAUUGCUAUUGGAGUCAGCGGCCGCCAAAGAUAUGUCCUGCCUAAUAGCAGGGUACUGUCGAGUGUUUGUUGACCCCAACCUGAACAUCUUCCCCUGGAUACAUGUGUCCAAGAAGCACAGAGUGUCUGCUGAGGAAGGUUACGUGUCACGGUGUGGCAGUGACUCGGACACCUCCUCAGACUUGGGCAUGGACACACUGAUCACCAAGGCGUCACAUGACGACAGGCCGCGCCCUCGCAUCAGAUCCUCAUCAGACCCAGAUGGGAGAAAAAGAAAAGACAGAAACAGAAGGAGAAACAAAGACAGCAAAGAAAAGGGGGAUAAAGCAUGGGAGGAGAAGAAAAAGCAAAAGGAAGAAAAGGAUGCUGACACGGAAAAGGAAAAGUCUCCCUUGAGUAAAAACAGAGAGAGUAAGAAUGAAGAGACACAGAACAAAGAGGAGACGGAAAAGCUGCAGGAGGGUCAGCAAACAAAGAUCGAGAUAAGGGAACAUUAUUCUGGGGAACUACAGGGGAACGUGGGACAAGAAAGUCGAUGUGACGAAGACGUUCAUGCAGUAGAGGAGCAUCCUUCGGUAUCAGAAGCAUCUGAUUCUCUGAACACAGACUCUCGUGUCAUCACCAGCCCCUCCAGCGACUCCCUCGACGCUUUGGAGGAAGACGACCUAGUUUCAUGUUCUUCCUCGUUCACGGUCCUCCCCAACGCUCCCUCACAAACACUCAAUAGCCACCCUCCCCUUCAGCUCCACCAUUACUCCCACAAUCAGGUUCAUCCUCAUCUCCUCGCCCCUCCACCAGCUCACGCCCAUCCCCUCAUCCACCUCACAGCUGACGACAGACGACAAGGAGGAGGCCUCAGGAGGUCCGACAACGGAGCCGAUCCCCAACUCCUCUCCUCCGUCCCCCCCUCUCCGAGCCUUCACUGCAUCCAAAAAUGUCCCAGCAACCCCUGCUCCGACGACAGCUCCCUGUGUUUCGCCGAGCUCUCCCGCCUGGUGGACUUCCUGCCGAGCCCCCCAGAGGCCAGCGACGACGAUGAAGAAGCGGAAGAGGAGUUAAGGAGGAGGAAGAGGAGGAAGGGGAAGAUGUUGAAAGAAACAGGAGAGUGUGUGAGAUGUGAAAGUGGAAGUAUAAGCGUGGAGGGCAGUCUCAGAGAACACCCACUAACCCCCUCCCCAUCCUCCUCCAACCUGGAGUUUGUCUUCAACUUCGACCAAAGUGACGCUCGCUGCUACUACAAACUCUGCUCCAACAUCACCCCCGACAGCGCCCGCAGCCUUCCCUGCCCCCCGGAUCGUAACGAGGGAGGAGAUUGGGUGAAGGUGAAGGCAGAUCCGGCUGAGGCGGUUUACCUGGAGCCCAUCCCCAUUCUUCAGCCACCACCGGGGUUUGGAGACAGCAGCUCUGACGAGGAGUUCUUCGACGCCAGAGAUCGCUUCACCUCGCCUGUGGACCCAGCCUUAGACGCCAUGCCAAGAGAUAUUCGCUCAGAGAUGAAACUGGACUUCCACAGCAUACUUAGCCUGAGUGACAUCAGUGUCUCGGUGGCAGACGCAGACAGAGAAGAAGAAAAAGAAGAAGAAGAAGAAGAAGAAGAAGAAGAAGAAGAAGAAGAAGAUAGAAAAGACGUAGAGGAGGAAGGAGGAGGCAUAGAAACAUUGUUCCAGCUCAGAAAAAGAUCUCGGAAGCGACGUUCCUUCAUGGAAACUGAUUUCACCUCUACGGUGUCAUUUCCGGAGCCAGAUCCAGAAAAGCCAGACCAGGUUUUCAACAAGCUUCGUAACAGCAUGUUGGCAGAUUCCAAUGAUGCAGAGAUGCUGAGUUUAGAUCCUGAACCUUCAGAACAAACGCAGAACCCCUGUCCUACUGUCUCCUCUUUGAAUCACUCCGAAGGGGAACCGGCUCAGCUCGAGUCCAAACCCAUCCUGUCCAAACCUCGCUUGCAUGGAUGUAGCUCUCCUUGUGGUUUGGGGUCUCAUGAGCAGAGUAGAGACCCCUCGAGAAGCAGGAAACAGGAAAUGGAGAUGGAACCCGAUGCAAUGGAAUCGAAAUCGGUCACAGAUUUGGUGAAAGCAGCGUCUCCUACGAUAACUAUUGUCCGCUGCCGGAUGGAUCCAGACGAGAAGGAGGAAAGGAAAGAAAAGGUGGAGAUGGAUAAGGUGAAAGACGAGGAAGUGGAAACAUCAGGUGUGUCAGGGAAUGGGCCGUUCAUUAAUCAUAUGUUUUUGCCAGAAUACACUAAGGAGGGAGGUAAGGGGGAAGAAGAGAAGACGGAGGGGGUGGAAGGGUACUUGGCGAGUUCAGAUAGACCACUUAUAGAAGCUCAGAAGCAACCGGAGGCCAACACGCUGCCUACAUGUUUGAAAGAUGUUAAUACAAAGAGUAGUAAUGGCCUUUUUGGAGCACAUGUGAUUGCCGUAGAGAAACAUCUACUUAAAGGUGUGUGUGAAAAUUCAAACCCUCACUCAUACUCACCACCACCCCCUCCACCCACAACCCCUCUACCAGUUCUUCCCAAAUCACAGAGUGACUGUUUUGUUAGUGGAAAAGGCAGCAUUAAAAACAUGGGGUCCUCAACCAAAAUGUCUUUAUCUAAUUCUGAGAUGUCACUGGGCAAACAAGGUCCCACUGAAAAAGCACAACUAUAUUUAGACGUCACCACCCGUGUUAAUGAGGAAGACACCAUCGGUGUUAGCACUCCUAGCGAUGAAGUUACCGACAGCACCAAUUCAGACAAUGUUUUUGAUGAUGAUGAAGUGGAUAACUCCUUAAAUUCUGGUUCAAGUAAGAACAAUGAUUUGGCUAUAGCUACAAAGCACACCAUCAGUGCAAAUGUGGUUAGUGCAGGUAAAGGUGAGUCUCAAAUUCCUAUCAUGUCUCCUACCAACACUGAAGCUCACUCAAUAAUGAAAUCAGGAAGUUCUGAUUAUACUCGAGCCAUAAACUCUAUCACUGCAAAGCUUGGAGCUGCAACAAGUGCCACAUCUCCUACAUUUAAUGCAGGUGCCAGAUUGCAAAGUGAGGCUUUGUAUGAAAGUGUUUUAGGUUUGAAUCAAAUAGUAAACAAACCUAGUGACUGCUCUAUUCCAAGUCCUGAAACUAAAGAUAGUUUGGCUAGUCCUAGCUUGGCGAAACCUGAUACAGCCACAAUCCACAAUCUCUCCAAAGCGCCUCCUUCUCCACCUCACUUCCUCUUCCAGACCUGUUCUCCAAGCUUUAUGGGUCGCUUAUCUUCCUCCACACUAAGAAGGAAGAUUCUAAAUUUGCCCCUUUAUCUAUCACGCUCCCAGGAAUCCCUCCACCAAGCUGGGGUGGGGGAUGUAGCUCAGAGUCCUGCUAAGGAUAACAGUAGCGAAGGGAUAACCAUCAAAGUUACGGACGUUGACGAGGUCACACAAAUCAUAGACUUCGAUAGUGGCAAUGCAGAAUCAGUGGAGUCGGAUGAUUCAGAUACAACAGUUACAGGUUCCGAUGUGGAAGGGGAAUCUUAUUUCAACACACAUUCAGAAAAUAGUUUAUCUCCGGUGUCAGAGAUGAAAGAACUAGGCUCUCCGCUGCCUGUUCAGGCUGAGCCAAAACCCCAACACCAAAAUCAACCUCGGCACCAUAAACCUAACAAGAACACACCGGGACCAAUAACAGAGCCUCCAGUCUCCAUAGUGAACAGCCUCCAGAAAGACACUUCAGGCCUAAAGAUGGACACUCCUGGCCCUAUAAAACAUUCUCCAGAAUCAAAGAUAAAGGUCACAAGUCCAGGUGAGGACAUUCAAGGUUAUACAAUGAACAUAAAUGAUCUGUCGUGUUCCAUACCCUCUCCAAUAGUGGUGACCACACAGAAUCUAAACGGGCCAGGUCUCCCAUUUCAUAGUGAGUCCCAGAUAGUAGGACAGACCAGUGGCGACAGACCUUUGAUGGGUCUUUGUAGAGCUCCAGAGCAGACUUCCGACUCACCAAAAACACUUUCUUCCGUCUGCAAGGUCUUUACCAUCUGUGAGGAUCCGUCCAAGACAAAGGGCCCAGUCGAGGUGGGAUCUGCACAAGCCUUGAAGACUCAGUUUGGCUGUAAUUCUUUGCAAGAGUCGGUAUGUGAGUCGGUUGUGGAAGGGUUGCAAGUGCCGCUGGAUGCUUGUGGUUGCCCAACGUUGCCCUACACAAACUGCUUCGGCAGCGGGGACAGCUUUGACGAGGAGCUGACUGUCUACGAGUUCUCCUGCCGCACUCAGAGCAGCGGCGUGACGCAGACUUCAGGAGCAGGUCUUCCUCUCAUCACCUCCCCACCUGUUCCCUCCUUUCUCUCCACCUUCUCUCCGUCCUUCCCGCGCUCCAUCCAUUUCUCCACCUCUACCUCUGAGCUCAGCCCUCUCCUCUCACCGUUGUCUGACGCCUCAGACAAUUUCCAGUCUCAAACGCACAAGGACACCAUCAGUCAGCUAGGCCAGCAGCGCUACCCAGAACCCCCAACAGGAUUCCAGGUACUUCGCGUGGACGUGGAUCAGCUCCUUGCGAUUCUGGAAAGCAGCGGUGCUGACCGAUCUAUGGCAAACCAUGGAGGUCGCCACCCUAGAGACACCUGUCCGGCCCACUUUACAGAGAACAAGAGGGUGCUGCAGAUAGAAGCACGGCGGCUGAUGUCAGGCUGCCAGAAGGUGGUGGGUAUCGGACAGAGCCCAGAAGAGAUGCUCCUUUCCCUGGCCAACAGUUUCCGGACCCUGGUUGAGUUGGCAGGUAUAUGCCUCUGGUUCUCUGGUUGUGAAAGGUGCGACCGGAGGAACGCAGAGGCGGUCGCAGGUCUGGCUGACGUGGCUCGUUCGUUCAGAGACUUCUGUCUGGCCGCAGAGCGAGCCAGCAGCAAGCGCAGCUGCCAGGAUCUGAGCACCAAGCUGCUAGCCAAACAGUGCACCGCGCUCACCGCCUCGGUUUUCUGCCUCACUCAGCUGUUCCGCACCCUCACUGCACUAUGAGUGGUGCACAACCUUGGAAGUCUUCUGAAAUGAACUUCGAGCUACCUGUGGGGGGUAACCUCAGGUACAUGAGGUCACCAGUGAGUCCACAGCUGCUGAGUGGCCCCAGACAGACAGGUUUAGGGCGGGCACUGUGAGUUCAGGUGGCCUCAGUGAGCUACAUGUGGUUGCUGACUGUCAACAAACUGUGCAAACAAACCAGACCAUCAACCAGACUGUAGGUUGGUGCAAGAAGCAAAAAGCAGAACCUGCUCACAUUCCAGUAUUGAUUCAAACUGAUGUACUUGAAUGUAUUCUAUGCUAUUGAUUAUGUUUAUUUAUUCAUUUAUUUCAUGAGUUACUACAGUGAGCAAACAAGGAAUGUAAAGACAAGGAAGGAAACUGGAAAUGUUUACAGGCAGAUGUGAAGUGGGUCUUUCACACACAUACACAAGCACACAACCUAUACUACACACAGUAUAUUCCAUUCAUACACAGGCCUUUUGUAUGACUGACCAUGAUAAGAUAAGAAACACUGCAGUUUACUGACCCUUAUAUAUCUUUACAUUCUCCCGGCUGUCAAUGAGGACUCUGAAUGUUACUGUUUACAAAACCAAAAAGUGAGAAAUGUUUUGAUUUUUAAAUCCCACAAAUCAAGCCUGAAGCUGUGUUUGCCAUUUUAUAAAUCUAGUAGCAGAAUGCUGAUGUAUGCAAUUAUGAGACUUUAUGAAGCAACAGUUUGGAUGAGAUACAGUCCUUUGCACAUGUUCGUCAUUUUGUAUUUAGUAUGAUGAAUGGAAGUGUAAUAAUACAUGUGCUAGAUUUCUGUUAUUUAUUUGUCAACACACUUUCUCCACCUCUGUUUGAAACACUGAACCGUACAGUGCAUGGUGAUGUGGCUGUCAACCACCAGUGUUUUCCGUACACUUGUUUCUUUUUUUUCAUUCUAUUGGAGACUGACUUUGGCCGACAAAUAACAAACAUUACAAUGGCUCAAAACAGUUCCAUUAGCAGAAAUGCGCUGCAGUUACAAAAACGAGGCAAAUGAAAAAAAACAUCUUCACCAACUUGACAACAAGUAAAAGAGCUGCAUAAACGAAACGCUGCAAAUACAAAACGCAGCAAAUACAAAUAAAAGGUGCUCAAUACGGAAGCGGGGACAGCAACAAGUGAUGCACACAGCUGGGAUCAGAGAGCUACAGUACGUUGCGUUCCGAUAAUCCAAAAAUCAGCUCCUAAAUUCUAACCCUAUCUCCUAUUCCUUGACCUCUGAGUGAAACGUCACGGGGUUAAGGGAUAGUGGAUAGGAGAAUUCAAAAGGACUUAG